GCACGUGGUUACUUUAAAACAGGUUGCCUACACGCGCGUGAUACAUCGUUUGUCUUGCGCCUCAAUAAUGUCGCGUGGCAAAAGAUCAAGAAGGUUGAAGCUUUCGCGUGGAAGAGUGGUAUGGAGAUCUGCAAGGAGCAGGAGCAGUCUGUGAUGCACAGUGGUAUUGCUGUGACGUCCCCCACCCAAAGCCAUGGCAGUCAGGCUACCCCCCAUCCCCCAAACGAGAGGGAGCCAAGCUGUCAUCACAGCAUGGAGAAUGGUGGAACUGGAGCCAGGUUCCACAGUGUGCCUCAGCCUGACCCCCAGCCCACACUUUCCCAGUUCUCUGGCCCCUUUGCCGAAUUACCCUUCCUGCAGUCCAGCCCUUUCCCGUUCCCUUUAGAUCCCCUUCCUGGUGUGGGAUCCAGAUACCCCGUUGGUAACAUUGGUGCUUCUUGGACAUCUGAGAAGGCGGGCCACUUCAGCAUAAUGUCAGCAGAGCUGUGUGGUGCUAUAGCCAGCAUUACUCCGGACAGUGAAGAGGAGAACUCCCUGGAAAAGGGCUUCUUCCCUGAGCAGAGACCCCAGGGCAGAACGGACCUGUGUCCGCCUGCACUGAUGACUGUGUUUCUGAAGCCCAUUGACCCACCAGAGGAGAGUAUGGAGGUGCCUGAAGCCACAUGCCAGGUUCUCGGCAGCAUUGACAGUGUGCAGCAGAUGGUUCACUCCGAACCCCCAGGUUAUAUGCGGUCCAGCUGUGAACCCCAGUUUCAGGGGGAUGUCACUGAGUUUGGCACCCCUUUCCGGAAAGGACUGUACCCCAUACUCCCCCAGUCUUACCUGGCCCCGCCCAGCCUCCCCCUCAUCCGGCCAACCACCACCUUACUCGUCCAACCCACCUCCCUCAGCUCCGGCUACAACUUCCUGUCUGGGCCGUGCUUCUCUCAGUUCCACCAGACGCCCUGCCCUGUGUAUCCUGACAGCCAGCCUAAAAUGUCUCCCGUUCGGUUUUCUGCAGCAUACUGGGAUGCCAAGUCAAGGAAGCCAUGCAGCUGUACUAAAUCUCAGUGUCUUAAACUGUACUGUGACUGUUUUGCAAAUGGUGACGUCUGCAGCAACUGUAAAUGCAUCAACUGCUACAACAACAACGAGCACGAGUACGAGAGGUACCAGGCUAUCAAGAUCUGCCUGGACCGCAACCCCGAGGCGUUUCGGCCGAAGAUCGGCAGUGGGAAACGGGGCGAGAUUAAAGGCCGUCACAACAAGGGCUGCAACUGCAAGCGCUCCGGGUGCCUGAAGAACUACUGCGAGUGCUACGAGGCGAAGAUCAUGUGCUCUUCUAUGUGCAAGUGUGUGAGCUGCAGGAACUAUGACGAGAGUCCUUUGCGGCAGACUGUGGUGUCUGCUGGCAGCAUGGAUCUCCCAGGCCUGGCCUUUUACCCCACAGCCAAAAGUCAUGACGAGUGUCCUCUGGCUUGCCUCACGCUCAGAGUUGUAGAAACAACAUGUGUCUGUCUUCUGGCUCAAGCGGAGGAGGCGGAGAAGGAGGGCUACACUGAGGCUCAAGCUGAGAAAAUGAUUUUGGAGGAGUUUGGUCAGGGCCUGACGCAGAUCGUCCAGUCAAUAUUCAAAUCCGGGAGUUUAUACUCCUAGCUUCAUUCAAGGCAAACAACCGGCCUCUUCAACACUGAGAAAUCGUAGUCUUAGGUCUCCCUUUCAUUUGCAUAUGUUUUACUUGCUUGAUUGAAAAGUAUGCUCUACGUAUCUAAAAAUGCUAUGUUUGUAGUAUUGCCUUUUUGUUUUAUAAUUGUACCUAAUUAUUUGGUUUUGUUACUGGACUAAUAUUUAUGGAGAGGUAUUUAUUUACUCAUGCUCAUUUUUCCUGCAGUACUUGUUA